AUGAAGCUGUCGACCGAUUUCUGUAUAAAAAUGCUCAACGCCAAAGUGAUUCUUCUUUGUCUGGUCGCAUCGAGUUCCGCCCAGGCAUCCGUCGCCCACAUCGAGGCCAACCCGGACGCCAAACGAUUGUACGACGAUCUGCUCAGCAACUACAACCGCCUGAUACGGCCCGUCGUAAACAACACCGAAACGCUGACCGUUUGGCUCGGACUGAAGCUGUCCCAGCUGAUCGAGGUUAGCCUGCGGAACCAAGUGAUGACGACAAACCUCUGGGUGAAGCAGAAGUGGUUCGACUACAAGCUGAAGUGGGACCCGGAAGAGUACGGUGGCGUGGAGAUGCUGUACGUCCCGUCGGAACAGAUCUGGCUGCCGGACAUCGUGCUGUACAACAACUGGGACGGUAACUACGAGGUUACGCUGAUGACGAAGGCCACCCUGCGGUACACCGGGGAGGUGUUCUGGGAACCACCGGCCAUCUACAAGUCUUCGUGCGAGAUGAACGUCGAGUACUUUCCGUACGACGAGCAGACGUGCCUGAUGAAGUUUGGCUCGUGGACGUACAACGGGGCGCAGGUCGAGCUGCGACACCUGGAUCAGAUCCCUGGCAGCAAUCUCGUACAGAUUGGUAUCGAUUUGAGUGAAUUUUAUCUGUCGGUGGAAUGGGACAUACUGGAAGUUCCGGCAAGCCGCAACGAGGAGUACUAUCCGUGCUGUCCGGAACCAUUUUCAGACAUCACGUUCAAGCUCACCAUGCGAAGGAAGACACUGUUCUAUACGGUCAAUCUGAUCAUUCCCUGCGUUGGCAUCACGUUCCUCACGGUGUUGGUGUUCUAUCUUCCCAGCGACUCGGGCGAAAAGGUCACGCUCUGCAUCUCGAUACUGGUGUCGUUGACUGUGUUCUUUUUGCUGCUGGCCGAGAUUAUCCCACCGACCUCACUGGCCGUGCCACUUCUGGGCAAGUAUCUACUCUUCACGAUGAUACUUGUCUCGCUGUCGGUGUGGACGACCGUUUGCGUGCUGAACGUUUGGUACAGGAGCACAUCGACGCAUAAAAUGUCGCCCUUCGUCCGGAGGCUGUUCCUGGAGAUAAUGCCGAAGAUCCUGAUGAUGCGCCGUGCGAAGUACACGCUGCCGGAUUAUGACGACUCGACGCCGAGCAAUGGCUACACGAACGAAAUCGAAAUGAGUGUUAGUGAUUUUCCAGGCGAAUUCAAGGAGGGUGGCGACAGUUUCGAUAAUAUAGGAGUUAAUCUUUCCCACGGUUCAGUCGAGGCGGAAAAUAUCAUCCCGAAGCAAUUAUCACCGGAGGUGCUGUCCGCAAUACAGGCGGUAAGAUUUAUUGCCCAACACAUUAAGGAUGCUGAUAAGGAUAAUGAGAUUGUCGAAGAUUGGAAAUUCGUGUCGAUGGUGCUGGAUCGGUUCUUUCUGUGGGUGUUUACCAUUUCCUGCAUUUUCGGCACGUUCGGCAUCAUCUUCCAGAGUCCUUCGCUGUACGAUACGCGAGCACCGGUCGAUCAGCAGCUGAGCGAAAUACCGCUGCGUAAGAACAACUUUAUGCUGCCGCCGGAUAUCGUACGCAUCACGCUAGAUUAAGCGGAAGGAGGUCUCCUCUCAACGGAUGGAGAUUGUCGCACGAUAAAAAGUGGGGCAUUUUUUUAAAACGGCAAACGGGAAGAAACAACCACCACGUGUAAGCCACUGCUUCAUGGAGCAUAAUAUGCACGCACGGAAAACGUUCAAGCAAAAGUUCAUCGUACGACGACGCGCACGUGGCUAUGCCCAACUAUGAUAAAGUUUUUGAAUCGUACACUACAUUUAUACUACUGAAAUUACUACGAAUACGAGCAGCGAAUCGACAGCAUUUCCUAAUAGAAAAAUAACAAUUACGACA